AACAGUUAAAUAGAAGAUACCAACACUAUUGGUAUCCCAGCGGCAGUACGAACUCCAUUUGGCAUAAUUCCCCCCAACACACACACACACACGCAACAUAGCACACACACAUACACAUAGAGGCAGCGCUAAAAAGUCGAUUUUUCAGCAACAUAAAGUUGUAUAUGUGCAAAAGUUUCAAUUGCAAAUCAUAAAAUGCAAUUACAAUAGUUGAAAUUGAAGCGUGCAACUGUUGGAUACACCGAAAAGUAUCUUUACACUUUGAGCUACGCAGAAAAAAGGACUUUUUUCGCUGCGCCUGCUGAGCUCAUCGUAAAAAGCAGUGAGUUGUGGUAGCAGUUCCACCCACCCCCUUCUACCAACACACACAUCGGCAGCAGUGUCUAAGUAUCCACAUUAGUCGGAAAAAAAAACUUUGUGCUUUUGUUUUGUGAUGUUUAUGUUGAUGAGCCAAGUGUUGAAGCAUGCCCAUAGACGCCUCAAAGGCUGCUGAGCGCUAAGCUAUGCCGAAACGCAGACAGACAACGGACUGAGAGGCACGCAGUUAACUGAGUUGGUGUGAUAAAGACUUGGGGCAAGUGGCGAAUUGCAGAUUGGUUUGCAGCAAAAGCUAAAGCCACGGCGGCCACAACGAGCACAGCAGGGUUUAGAGCAAGCACGACCAGCAGGUCGACAACCAGGACGCGCACAUGGCGAGCUGGAGCAUACUGUGCGCAAUCUUGCUGGCCUGCCUGACGUUACUCACAGUGACCGGAACGGUACGCAUUACCAACUUGCGUGUGCCUCACACUUACACACUCGAGCGUGAUAAUGAGCCUGAUCCUUUGGUGCUGGACUGCGAGUAUGAGAUGGGGCCGCGGGAGAAGGGCUUUGUGCUCAAGUGGCUGUUCAAUAAUCACUCCAUCUAUCAGUGGAUACCCUCCGUAAAGGGUUUCGCCAUGGGCUUCAUGAAGUCAAAGAUAGACACCAAAAUAUUUACCAUGGAGGGCAGUCCCGGUGUUAUAUCGAUAAAGAAUCCCGACUGGAACAUGACAGGCGAAUACACUUGCGCCGUGCAAACCUUUGAGUCCACGGAUAAGCGCAGUGCACGCCUACAAAUAAUCGUUCCUGAGUCGGAUUUCAUGCUGGAGGCACGCAUGGGCGGCGAGCAGACAGACGUGGACAUCAAGUGCUCAGUCCAGAAUGUAUUUCCGCAACCGGUGCUAUCUGUCAUUUUCGAUACGCAUAUAUUGGACUCGGUGCUAACGCAGCUGGACCAGAAUCCGAGCGGCCUGUACAGCAUGACGGUGCGUACGCGCAUUCCUAGAGAUCAACUCGAAUCCCCCACACCGAUAACAUGUGCGUUUUUCCUGCUAGGCACUAACUAUACCAAGCGCAGGGAGACUAUUUUCUAUGAUAAAGCCACAAAUAUACAACGCAAAUGGACAACAGUCGCCGUAGUUAUGUCGAUCGCAUCCUUAGCUUUAAGCAGUUAGUUUGGUAGUGAUUAAUUUUGAUAGGCUAUGUACGUACUAUAUGUAUUUGUUUUUAUGUUUUCGUAUAGAGAGUGUUUAAAAGAAUAUUUAAGUUUUAAAUAGAAUUUUAAACGAUAAACGUAAUUUUUUGCGGUAUUUUAAAAAAAGCGCUUAUUUUGUAAAUGCAUGUAAUUGUAAGUGAAAUACAUACACACACACACACAAAUACACAUACAACAACAACAAAAGCUAAAAUAUUAUACACAAAUA